GAUAUACUUCCCUUCGCAUUUUCCUCGAACAAACUGUUCCUGUCCAGUCCAGUCCAGACACCGUCAUGAUCUCCUAACACUCUCCAAUUGAUCUGCUGCAGUACAAACAUCGCCUGUAUACAACAUGGAUGGCAUGUCCAUGUCCGGCAUGGGCGACAUGUCCAUGGGCGAUGGCGUCCCGGGCCUCUUCUACCUCCAGAAAAUGUACUGGGCCGUGGUAGGCAGUGCCAUUGCUGCGGGGACGGUCGUCAACAUCCUCAACCGGCUCCUUGCCCGCCAGAGGCUACGGGACUCAUCCUUGACCCCCUCCAAACCCAAAUCGCUCUUCUUCAGCACAUAUGCCACUCUCACGGCAAUAGUCCGCGAAGCCAGCUACGCAACCCUGCCUCCGGUAUCCCUCCACGGCCGCACAUAUCACUUUGCUCCGCUGGGCCCCGUGGCCAUCAUCCUGGCGAACCUCGUCGUCGUGCUCGUCUUCUGCUUCUACAAGCUGGAUUCCACCAACCAAUGGAAAUGGGAAGACGUGGGCUACCGCACCGGAUUCAUCACCAUUGCGCAGCUGCCCCUGAUCUUCCUGCUGGCGGGGAGACAGAACCUCAUCGGUAUCCUGGUGGGCAUGAGCUAUGAGCGCCUGAACUGGUUCCACCGCUGGACGGCCCGGACGCUGUGGCUCACCGCGACCAUCCACAUGGGCUUCUGGUUCCGCGACUGGGGGCGCUACAAGUAUAUCACGUACGAGCUGAGGACUUAUACCCUGGCGACGCGGGGGUUCGCGGCAUGGAUCAUCCUGACUUUCAUCGUUAUCACCUCCGCAGCACCCAUCCGACGGUUGGGGUACGAGUUCUUUGUGCUGCAGCAUCUCGUUACCUUCGUCGGGUUCAUCGCAGCCGUGUGGCUCCAUGCACCGGAUGAAGUCAAGGUGUGGGUGUGGAUUCCCAUUGGAUUUCUCGUCUUCGACCGGGUCGCGCGGUACCUGUGGGCGACGUACAUCAAUCUAUCGAUAUUCCACCGCUCAAAGGGCACCACCGGCCUCUGGGCUAACCGUGCGACUUUCACGCCGCUGCCUGGAAACGCCACCCGGAUCACUGUGGAGAAUCCCAGACUACGAUGGAAGGCCGGACAGCAUAUUUUUCUUACUUGCCAUUCUAUCGCGCCUCUGCAAAGCCACCCUUUCACUAUCUCAUCCCUCCCCGAAGACAACAAACUAGAAUUGUACGUCCGGGCCGAAAAAGGCGGCACGCGACGCUUCUUCCGAUACGCGUCGAAGCACCACGAUAUCCUCGGGUCCGGAGAUAGAGAUACACCCAGAAACCAGACGCGGACGGUCUUCAUCGAAGGGCCCUACGGACGCAUGAGACCCCUCGAGCAAUUCGACAGCGUGAUCCUCCUUGCUGGCGGGAUGGGCGUAACCUUCACCAUGCCCUGUCUGCGGGACAUCGUUGCCAGAUGGAGGACAGAGCAGACAGGACAGUCCACGCAGCUCGCGGCAACCAAGCGCAUCCGGUUCGUUUGGGUCGUCAAGUCGCGCACUCAGCUCGGCUGGUUCGAGCGACAGCUGCAGUCCGCUCUGGCAGAUAUCGAACAAUGCAAGCUCGCCAACCCGGAUCUCGUCCGAGAGAUCGAACUCAGCAUCUACAUCACCUGCGACGAGAAGCUGGAGCAACCAGCCCAGAGUAAUCUCUGCGCUGUACCGCAGACAACCAUACCAGAUAGCCCGGAAGUCGACGAAAAGACCUCUGAGAAACCCACAGCCGAGGAAAAGGACUCCGUCUCGGUGGGUGGCUGCGGGGUGGAUGGAACGUGCUGCUGCACGACGGCUAUCGAGGAUGAGGAUGCCAUCAGGGAAACGCAAUGCACUUGCUCCGGCCAUGCAGCGCCUGCAAUUGUGUCAGAGUCAGAUACCAAGUCCCUCCCUCAGCUCACUGUCCUGUCUGGUCGCCCGCACGCCCGCACAGUUAUCCGCAAAGUCCUGGAGAAGGCGGAGGGCGAGAGCGCGGUGGUGGUUUGCGGGCCACGGGGUCUUUCGGAUGAUGUGCGGCGCAGCGUGGUGUAUCUGAGUGAUGAGCGGGCGGUACAUAAGGGGACGGGAGCGCAGGGGGUAUAUCUGCAUGAUGAGCAGUUUGGGUGGUAGUAGUAUCAUGAUUAUGAUUGAUGGCUUGUGAAUGAUAGAUUGUAACAAUAAUCUGGAUGUGGAUGAUUU